AUGACCAACAUGGGAGGCUCCAGCUCUGAUGUGCAAGUACAAGAAGCAGUCUUCAUUACCCCUUCAGACCCAACUCCUUCUCAUCUUCUCAAACUCUCUGCCAUUGAUUCCCAGCUCUUCUUACGCUUCACCAUCGAAUACUUAUUGAUCUACCGCCCUCCCCGCCAUCAUGGGCCGGCUGACCGGAGUGCCGUCACGGCUCGUGUUAAGGACGCACUGGCUCGAGCCCUUGUCCCUUUUUAUCCUUUGGCUGGGCGAGUCAGGGCUCGAUCGGAUGGCUCCAGUCUCGAGGUUGUUUGUCGAGGUCAAGGUGCAGUCUUCGUCGAGUCUACUGCUGAUCAUACGGUCUCCGAUUUCGAGGUGGCCCCACGGUAUGUGACGGAGUGGCGGAAGUUUUUGGCGUUGGAGGUGACGGACGUGCUCAAGGGGGCUCCGCCUUUGGUUGUACAGUUGACGUGGCUUUCCGAUGGCUCGGCGGCUCUCGGUAUCGGUUUUAGUCACUGUAUAUGCGACGGAAUUGGUAGCGUCCAGUUUUUAAACUACUUUUCCGAUUUAGCCACCAGCUGCCGGUACGGGUCGGUGGUUGAAUUAAAACCCAGACCCAAACCCAUUUGGGAAAGGCACCUUCUUGAUCCGACGCCGUAUCGCUUACAAACGAGUCAACAUCCCGAGUUCAAUAGAGUCCCUGACCUUUGCAAGUUCUCGACUCGGUUCAACCCAGAUCAACUCACUCCCACCUCGACCACAUUUCACGAAUGGAGAGUAAACGAGUUAAAGAGUGUUGCAGCCUCGACGAGUCAACUCAGUAAAUCAUCACUCACUACUUUCGAGGUCUUGUCGGCUCAUAUUUGGAGAAGUUGGGCCCGAGCAUUGAGCUUCCCGCCACAACAAUCCCUAAAACUAUUAUUCAGCAUCAACGUACGCAACCGAGUCAAACCGAGUCUACCCAGUGAGUACUAUGGCAACGCCAUCGUACUCGGUUGCGCUCAAACGACUGUGAAGGAAUUAACCGAGAAUGGAUUAGGCUACGCCACCGAAUUAAUAAAGGACGCAAAAAACCGAGUCGAUGAUGGUUUCGUUCGGGAAGUAGUUGAAUCAGUGAGUUUGAAUCGCGCGAGUCUAGUGCCAGACUCGGUGGGUGUACUAAUUUUGUCUGAAUGGUCAAAAGUAGGGCUGGAAAGUGUUGACUUUGGGUUAGGGAGGGCUGUUCAGGUGUCCCCCGUAUGUACAGACAAGUACUGCAUACUCCUGCCCGUACCGGACGAUAUCCGUUCUGUGAAAUCGAUGGUGGCCGUACCAUCUGUAGCCGUAGGGAAAUACGAGUAUCUGAUCAGAGCCGUUCCUUAAAUCGUUGACAUUUUUUAGCAUGUUUUUAAUUGUUUGAUUCUAAUUGGUGUC